AACAAGCCCCCCUAACACUUUCGAGUCUCCAAAUACCCUCAUCCUCACCCUUCAGGCUUCAGCCAUCACUACGAUGGCAUUGACCACCAUGCUCCGCCAACGCCUCUUAUCCCGGUCCUUCUCGAGCCACGCUGGUCCAAGCCGCUGGACGACGCCGGGCCACCAGGAGCGACCCAAUGGUUACCUCUUCAACAGGACACCACCACCUCCAGGCCAAUCCCGCAAAUGGGAAGAUUGGGAGUUACCUUGCUACAUCACGAGCUUCCUUACCAUCGUCAUCCUUGGCGUGGGCCUCAACGCCAAACCCGAUCUUACUAUCGAGACCUGGGCCCACCAAAAAGCCCUCGAAAAACUCGCCGCCGAGUCGUCUUCUUCUUCUGACUGAGAUUUUGGGGGCCAAACUUCAUCUGGGUCUGUUGGGUACGGAUCUGUGGGAACUUUUUGGAUUCUGUGUUGUUGAUAAAAUGUGUAGUUCAAAUAAAAAGAAUUUGUAGUUGUUAAAGUUUAUGGGUUUUGAAUUGGAUUUAUGCUUUCGAUGAUGAUGAUAAAGUCAUUGGCUUAUUUGGGAUCACAAUCUAAUAUUUACUUAUUGAGUUUUUAAUGGGAUUUUAGUUUA